UACAAUCAUUUCAUAUUGUCUAUCAACACACACGUACUGUGUUAGGAGUCGAAAUGGAGCACGGAAUUAAUCUUGAUCCGACUCAGUUCCACUGUUCGAUCUGUCUGGAUCUCCUCAGCGAUCCGGUGACGAUUCCCUGUGGACACACCUACUGCUUCAGGUGCAUCAGCGAUCGCUUGGAUAAAGAGGAUCGCAGGGGUAUCUACAGCUGCCCUCAGUGCAGCCUGAGCUUCAGAUCCAGGCCCGUCCUGGUGAAAAACGCCAUGGUAGCCGUCAUAGUGAGCCAGCUGAAGAAUCCCAGACGUCCUGUUGCUCCUCCUGCUUCUGCUGUUGAAUAUGCUUCUGUUAAUAACGAUGAUGAUCACUGCUUUGCUGGAGCUGAAGAUGUGGCCUGUGAUGUGUGCAAGGGGAGGAAGCUGAAGGCUGUCAAGUCUUGUUUGCAGUGUCUGGCUUCGUACUGUGUGAAACACCUUCAGUCUCAUUACGAUGCACCUGCGUUGAAGAAACACAAGCUGGUGGAAGCAUCUGCGAACAUCUACGAGAACAUCUGCCCUCGUCAUCAAGAGGUGAUGAAGAUUUUCUGCCGCACCGAUCAGCGUUGCAUCUGUUAUCUCUGCUCCAAAGAAGACCAUAAAGGUCACGCCAAAGUGUCGGCUGCAGCAGAAAGGGCUGAAAGGCAGAACGAACUGGAGGAGAGUCGACUGAGACUCCAGCAGAGAAUCCAGGACAAACAGAGGGACGUGAAGGUGAUUCAACAGGAUGAGGACGCCGUUAACAACUCGGCCAACAGCGCAGUGAUAAACACCAAGAAGAUCUUCUCUGAGGUGAUCCAAAUGGCUGAAAAACGGGUUGCUGAUUUGAGCGAGAAGAUCCGGUCUCUCCAGAAGACUGAGGUGGGUCGGUUCAGGAAGGCCCGGGAGAAGGUGGAGCAGGAGAUCAAGGAGCUGAGGGUGAAGGAUGCUGAGAUGGAGAAACUCUUGCAGUCAGAGGAUCACACUCGAUUCCUGCUGAACUACCCUUCGAUGUUGCAUCUCAGUGAGUCCAAAGACCCUCCCACUAUCAGACUCCGCCGUCGCCAACACUUUGACAAGGUCUCAGAGGCUCUGGUCGAGGCUCGAGACAAACUACAGGAGGUUUUCGGUGAGGAAUACGCAAAGAUCGCUCUGACUGUAAGCGAGGCGGAUGUUUCGGUGUCGAAUCCCAACGCGGAGCCAAAGACCAGAGGUGAUUAUUUACAGUAUGCACAACAAAUCACCCUGGACCCAAACACGGCAAACCCUCAUCUGUUUAUGUCCAAAGGAAACAGGAAGGCCACCUUCACAAGGGAAGAGCGGGAAUAUUCAUAUCAUCCGGAACGGUUUGCCUAUUCCUGGCAGGUCUUGAGCAAAGAGUGUCUGAGUGGUCGUUGCUACUGGGAGGUGGAGAGGAGUGGGAUGGGAGUUUUAGUCGCUGUCACCUACAAGGACAUCGUCAGGAGCGGAGACUUCAACCAGACCGUGUUCGGGUACAACAACAAGUCCUGGGCACUGGAUUGUUACAAAAAUAGCUACGAAUUCAGGCACGACGGAGAAAGAACUCCCAUCCCAGGAACGUGGUCCUCCAGAAUUGGGGUCUACCUGGACCAUGAGGCAGGUUUUCUGUGCUUUAUGAGCGUCUCUGACAACAUGGCAGUCCUCCACAAAGUCCACACCAGGUUCACCCAGCCUCUGUACGCUGGACUCUGGCUUUCCGACGGAGCCGCCGCUGAAAUUUUUAAGUUCAGGACGAUGGGCCACAAUGGGACGAUUUGACAGAAAAGCCAAUGUUACAGAUACAUGGAUGGAUCUGUUGCCUAAUGUGAAGGAAAUGUUGAUGUUUUAUAUUUCUGAUGCACAUACUCUAAAUGGACAAAAGUAUGUGGACAUGUUGAAUUCAGGUGUGUGUUUUCUAACAGGGGUCUGGGAUACAAAACAAUAAUGACUAAUGUUAGAAUAUAGUUUCAUAUUGGG